GCUACUUCCUGAAGACGUACUUUUGUUUGUCCGAACCGAACAGCUGUCUGGAGGCGGAUAGAACCAUAUCAUUAGGAAUUAAUAGGAUCUCUAUGCAUAGAAGUUACUGGUCUUGCUGUACUACUUUUGUGUUCGGUGUCACUCAUCAAGAUGCUGGCGCUAAUUAACAGACUUUUGGACUGGUUUAGGUCUCUCUUCUGGAAAGAAGAGAUGGAGCUCACAUUAGUUGGACUUCAGUACUCCGGGAAAACCACGUUUGUCAAUGUGAUAUCAUCUGGUCAGUUCAGUGAAGACAUGAUUCCCACAGUCGGCUUCAACAUGCGGAAGGUUACCAAAGGCAAUGUGACGAUAAAGAUCUGGGACAUAGGUGGACAGCCUCGCUUCAGAAGCAUGUGGGAGAGGUACUGUCGAGGAGUCAAUGCCAUUGUUUACAUGGUAGAUGCAGCAGACCGUGAGAAGGUAGAGGCCUCCAGGAAUGAGCUCCACAACCUGUUAGACAAGCCUCAGCUACAAGGCAUCCCUGUUCUAGUGCUUGGAAACAAGAGAGAUCUUCCCAGUGCGCUUGACGAGAAGCAACUCAUCGAAAAGUUGAAUUUGUCAGCCAUCCAGGACCGAGAAAUCUGUUGUUACUCUGUUUCCUGCAAAGAGAAGGACAACAUAGAUAUCACUCUGCAGUGGUUAAUCCAGCAUUCCAAGUCCUGAAGGAGCUGAGAAUGUAGGUCCUGCCCCAGCCUUCGCUGCUUCUGUGAGUCCUCCUUGCUGCCUCUGUGAAGUGGUUCUCGACCGCCCUGUCUACUCUCAACCCACCACUACAUUCUGCACCGUUUCCAGAUGUGUAGUCUUCAGUACAACACCAACCACUGCUUAGUCUUUCAGUUGUCACAAUACUGUGAUGAAGGACAGCGGAGAGUCCCUACUCAUCAUACUUGUUUUCCUUGGAGAAGUUCUACGUGUUUGUGUCCAUCCUUUGGUUUUAACGCUACAAACUGGGUUCAGGGAGUCUCAUUACCUCCCAGCCCACUGGCAUCAUAUCAGCUUGACUCUAUCUAGGUGGUGGAAUCCAGUCUCCUUCAUUCAGGAUCUACUCCAGUUCAAUGUCCCCAUUUGGUGUCAAUGUAAUAUUGUUUGAUUGUAAUUAACGUUUUUGCCAAAAUACGUCGCAUGUGUGAAUGCCUUUAUAUCCUGACACACUGUGAUAGAUAUAAUGUACGUUAAUUGAUUUGCUGGUCAAUGGACAUAUUUAAUGAUGUAUUUUAUGAAGUGGCUUACAGUUUACCUGACAAAUGGAAAGUAAGACUGUAUGGAAUGCUGUAGUCUGAGCUCAAUCCUAAGAGGGCUCUGCAGAGUUUUAAGUGCCUUCUGCAAAAUCUCUUUGAUUUCUGGAGCAAAUUAGCUUUCCAUGCAAGAAGAUGAUCAUCACACCAUACAGAUAUGCUGAACAUAAUGAUUGUUUUGACUUUUGACCCACACCAUUUACUUAGUUGUCUCUGGACACAAUCAUUAAACUCUGUAGAAUCCCACGUUAUUUAAUGCACUUGUGUAAAUAUGCUUCAAUAAUAAAGUCAUUGAUGUACAUAGGAGGAAAUGUAGCUUGGUUGAAGGGGAAGCAGAAACACAGUAGUUCUCCACAUUUUGUGAAAGAUGAAAAUAAUAAUCAUACGUUUUCAGAUUCUAACAGCUUUUUGAGUGGCUGUCUCAUUGGUUACUCUUGAAUAUCAAGCUCACAGAGGGUCAUAUAAUUCAGUUGAUCAGAAAGCCAGCUGGUGUUACUCAUGGAGGAGUUUAUGGCAGAUGGUGUCAUUCGAUUCCUCACAAUGCCGAUCAGUCUGAGACAAAGUUUUACAUGGAUGACUUGUCAUGUCUAAGCUUUAGCUUGAAUAAUGAUGUAUUUUGUGAAGCCUUACUGAUCCAAGGAAAAUGCUACAAGCCCCAAGAUGUCACCUGUCUUAGUUUCACAUGUUAUAUUAAAGAGUCAUCAGUUCUACAGUGA